AGUAAAAUAAAAACAAAAACACAAAUAUGGCGACGUCAGCUACACAAGACGAUUGUCAUAAAAACGAAAAAGUUCGAUCUAAAAUGAACAUUUAUCAUGAAGCAAUCCAUAGUAGGCAACUGGAUGGAUUAAUUCUUACCAACUUUUUCGCAUUUUUUGUCGUUAGCUUCGUAGCUGGAUUGCUAUUCCUUUAUUCCACAGUGUCCUUAUGGCCUUUUCAGGUGUGUGAAGAUGUAGAUCUAUAUGAACCAAUAACAUUUGCUGCUCAACAACCUCAGAACAUUGUCAAUAUUGUAACAUAUAACGCCAGUGCACCAUUUUCACUACACGCAUGACGCAAUGUGGUAAUUGAUGUGAAAAAUAAUGUAGCUUAUAGUGACAAACAAUAGCUAUAGUUUUGACGAGACAAGAUAGUUGAAAAACGUUUGUUGUGGUGCAUUGAUGCUACAAUUAUGUUUUACAACCCUUUAUAUCAGUGUCAAUCUUGUGAUGAUGUGUGAAAUCAAAAAACAGACCAAUAAAUAAACAAAAUUGUCUAAACUUUUA